UACUACGAAGUUCUCGAAGUUUCUCGUACCGCCAGCUUCGAGACCAUCAAGGCAUCUUACAGAAAGCUCGCGCUGCGUCUCCAUCCAGACAAGAACAAGGCGCGCAACGCAACUCGAGCAUUCCAGCGACUGGGGCGCGCCUGGGAGACGCUCAAGGACGAGGAAAAACGAGCCAAGUACGAU